AUGACCGAUCUAUACCCUUCUUUGGCGCAGUGCGCCAUUGUUGCAACUGCUUUCAAAAUCCUUUUGUUCCCCGCAUACAAAUCCACCGACUUUGAGGUUCAUCGAAACUGGCUUGCGAUUACACACUCGUUGCCCGUCAAGGAAUGGUACUACGAGAAAACAUCGGAAUGGACGCUCGACUACCCUCCCUUUUUCGCGGCAUUUGAAUGGGUGCUCUCCCAGGCGGCACGUUAUGCAGACCCGGCGAUGUUGAUUGUCAACAACCUCAAUCAUGAUUCAUGGCAAACAAUUUACUUCCAGAGGGCCACGGUUAUCGUCACGGAGCUUGUUCUGCUCUUCGCUUUGAGCAGAUUUGUCAAGUCGGUUUCGCAACAAAACAAACACCUUGCGCACAUCGCCAGCCUGUCCAUCUUCUUGUCCCCCGGUCUGCUUAUCAUCGACCACAUUCACUUUCAGUAUAACGGAUUUCUUUACGGCAUCUUGAUAUUGUCAAUCGUUUUGGCGCGGAAGCAGUCGACUCUUCUCUACAGUGGGAUCAGCUUUGCCGUUUUGCUAUGUCUGAAGCACAUCUAUCUAUACCUCGCCCUGGCAUACUUCGUCUACUUGCUGAGGGUCUACUGUCUGGACCCGAAGUCGAUUUUCCGCCCCCGAUUCUUCAACAUCAUCAAGCUCGGCGUGUGCGUGGUUGGCGUGUUUGCUUUGGCUUUCGGGCCGUUCGCCUCCUGGGGUCAACUGCUUCAAUUGAAGGACAGGCUCUUCCCCUUCUCUAGAGGGUUGUGCCAUGCGUACUGGGCACCGAAUGUUUGGGCGAUGUACUCUUUUACUGAUCGCAUCUUGAUCCAGCUUGCUCCGCGGGUGGGUCUUCCAGUCAAUCAGGACGCUCUGGUCAGUGUCACCCGUGGUCUUGUCGGAGACACGUCUUUCGCUGUGCUUCCUGAAGUCACCAAGGAGCACACGUUUAUCUUGACUUUCUUGUUCCAGUUGCUCCCGUUGAUCAAGCUCUGGCGCAACCCUGAAUGGGAGACUUUUGUCGGUGCCAUCACCCUGUGCGGAUAUGCAUCAUUCCUGUUCGGCUGGCACGUCCAUGAGAAAGCGGUACUCCUGAUCAUCAUCCCAUUCAGCCUCAUCGCGCUCAAAGACCGGCGCUACUUUAGCGCGUUCCGCCCCCUGGCUGUCGCCGGACACGUUUCUUUGUUCCCUUUACUCUUUACGGCCGCCGAAUUCCCGAUCAAAACGGUCUACACGGUCCUGUGGCUUGUGCUGUUCCUCUACGUAUUUGAUCAGGUGGCGCCUGUCUCCGAGCGACGCCGGAUCUUCGUCGCCGAUCGCUUCUCCCUGCUGUACCUAACCAUUGCCAUCCCACUGAUCAUCUACUGCUCCAUCCUGCACCAGGUCAUUUUCGGACUGGAGCGGUUGCAAUUCCUGCCCCUGAUGUUCAUGAGCAGUUACUCUGCCGUUGGAGUCGUGGGUAGCUGGAUUGGAUUUAUGGUAGUUUACUUUACAGCAUGAGAGAGAGCAAACUGUAUAGAUAUAGAUACCAAACAGUGCUGAAAAUUC